CGUCGUCUCGUCUCGUCGUCGUCCGGUCGUCAUUAUUGCGAGACGCCGAUAUUAUUUGCCGAUAAUAUCCCAUCGCGAAUCCUUCGCGGGCGCGCGAUUCCAAUUGGAUAAGUAUCAUAAGUAUUAUCGAUAAACGGGACGGGAGGACGUCGACGGAGGGACAGAGAGAGAAAGAGAGCGGGAGAGGGAGCGGGAGAGUGUCGCGCGGCGAAUAAACGUUGAAAAAUCCCGGUGAGUCUGAAAAAAAAAGAGAGAGAUUUAUAAUCCGCGACUUGUUAACUCGCUCUUCGGCCCACUUUCCUUCUAUUUAAUUUGUUUACCGUUUUUCUUUCCUAUAUACCCUAAUGGGAAUCGGAGCAUCCGGUCAGAUUACCGAUUUCCGAAUCUAUACUCUCGCAGCGAAAUUGAACGUUACGCGAGUCGUUAUUUAAAAUUAAACGCAUAGUUUAGACGCGAGUUAAUAUUCAUUCGAUUACUCGUACUUGAUGCCUCGAAUUGAAGCCGAUUACCAGUCUGCGCGCCCGGGAUUCGCUUGAGAACCUUGGGCGGCCCUUGUUUCCGCCGCUUGUUUGCGCCGCGCCGGGGCCACCGCAGGGCGCGUUCUCCAUAUUCCUAUAUACUGUAGGAAACUCCUCUAUCGCGUGGCGCGCCUCGCCUCCUGCACCGCGACAGACCAAUAAAUCCUAAUUUUACGACGACGUUAAUCCACCGUCCACCGUGUGCGUAAACUUCCGCGUGCGACGACGUUCCCGUGGACGCCGCUGCCGCGCCGCUCCCGUGUGACCGAGCGUACGUACGGCCACGCACGUAGAAGGAAGUUGCUAAUCAACGUGGACCUUCGUGUGCCGGAGCAGGCACGAUGUUGAGAGACCCGAGUUCCUGGCGGAAGACCGGCAGACUGGAGGCCCUGCUGGUGCUGAGCCUGUUCCUACUCCUCGUCCUGCAGCCGGAUCCCUGCCACGGCUCGCCGUCCCACCGGAGCAGGCAUCACGAGCACGAGCUGCACGCCGCGCAGGAGACGCCGUCGUCGCACGAGGACGCCAGGAGUUCCAGGUCGAGCGAGGAGCUCCCGCGGCCGGCCGCUCUCCACACCGACGAUCCGCUGGUGGUGCGCACCCGGAAGGGCAUGGCCCACGGCAAGACCCUGGCCACGGCCAGCGGCAAGAGCGUCGACGCCUGGUUCGGCAUACCCUACGCCCAGAAACCCGUCGGCCCACUGAGGUUUCGCCAUCCGCGGCCGGCCGAGCGCUGGGCGGGCGUGCUGAACGCGACCACCCUGCCCAACAGCUGCAUGCAGAUUCUGGACACGGUGUUCGGCGACUUCGCCGGUGCCACCAUGUGGAACCCGAACACGCCGCUGAGCGAGGACUGCCUGUACGUGAACGUGGUGGCGCCGCGGCCCAGGCCUAAGAACGCCGCUGUCAUGGUAUGGAUAUUCGGUGGUGGCUUCUACUCCGGCUCGGCCACCCUCGACGUGUACGACCACAAGGCCCUGGUAUCGGAGGAGAACGUGAUCUUGGUGUCGAUGCAAUAUCGCGUGGCCAGCCUGGGCUUCCUGUACUUCGGCACGUCCGACGUGCCCGGCAACGCCGGUCUCUUCGACCAGAUGAUGGCCCUGCAAUGGGUGCGGGACAACAUCGCCGCGUUCGGCGGCAAUCCCGAGAACGUGACUCUCUUCGGCGAGAGCGCGGGCGCGGUCUCCGUCUCCCUGCACCUCCUGUCCCCGCUGUCCAGGCACCUGUUUAACCAAGCCAUCAUGCAGUCGGGCUCGGCGACCGCGCCAUGGGCGAUAAUCUCGCGCGACGAAUCGAUCGUGCGCGGCAUCCGGCUGGCCGAGGCGGUCGGCUGUCCGCACGAUCGUCACAAUCUGCGCGAGGCGAUCGACUGCCUGCUGACGAAGGACGCCGAGGAGCUGGUGAAGAACGAGUGGGGCACCCUCGGGAUCUGCGAGUUCCCGUUCGUGCCGGUGAUCGACGGCGCGUUCCUCGACGAGACGCCCCAGCGCUCGCUCGCGACGAUGUCCUUCAAGAAGACGAACAUCCUGAUGGGCUCCAACACCGAGGAGGGCUUCUACUUCAUCAUCUACUAUCUGACCGAGCUGUUUCGCAUCGACGGCGCCGAGGACGUGAAGGUGACGCGCGAUCAGUUCAUCAGCGCCGUGUCCGAGCUGAAUCCCUACGUGAAUCAGAUCGGCCGCCACGCCAUUAUCUACGAGUACAGCGACUGGCUGCACCCGGAAGAUCCGCACGCGAAUCGCGACGCCCUCGACAAGAUCGUCGGCGACUACCAGUUCACCUGCAACGUCAACGAAUUCGCCGGCCGUUACGCCGACACCGGCCACACCGUCUACAUGUACUACUUCAAGCACAGAUCCAGGAACAAUCCGUGGCCGCGAUGGACCGGAGUUAUGCACGCCGACGAGAUAAGCUACAUCUUCGGGGAACCGCUCGAUCCAUCCAAGGGCUACACGCACGAGGAGGUGCAGCUCUCGAAGAGGAUGAUGAGAUACUGGGCGAACUUCGCGAAAACAGGGGAUCCGAACAUCGACGAGAGCGGCGAGCUGUCGCUGGCUUACUGGCCGGCGCACACCGCCGUCAAUAAAGAGUACCUGACCUUGGACGUCAACAGCACGGAGAUCGGCAGCGGUCCCAGGGUGCGGCAGUGCACGUUCUGGAAGAAGUACCUGCCGCAGCUGCUCAGCGCCACGUCGAAGCUGGAGGUCGGGUCCAAGGAGACGUGCGGCAGCACGAGCCUCGCCGACUCCGGCGCGACCCGGAUACUCCUGAUCUUGAGCCUGUUAUUGACCGGCCUCACUACUCUGCCUCACAUCCAGCACGACGUCAGAGGUAUCGUCUAGCUCCCGGCCGCCGCCGCCGCUGGAUCGGUGGUCGGCCGUCGAGCCGCCGUCCUAGCCCCGUCGAGCAGCAGAAGUAUCAGCAUCGGCAUCAGCAGCAGCAGCAGCAGCGUCAGCAGCGGCAGCAGCAGCAACAGCAUCGACAUCAGCAGCAUCGGCAUCAGCAGCGGCGGUCCGUUUCUUCCCUGAAGAAGAAGAGGAGGACGAACGAACGCGAACGAACGGAUGGACAGGACGAACGAACGAACGUACGAACGAACGAAUCGGGAAGAUGACGGCACCGCGCGAGAAACAGACAUAUCAAUAGUAGAAGAGUGCUCGAUCGCCGGGGGAUCGACGAUGAAUAAAAGAAGAAAAAAAUAUACACGCCCGCCUAUGAGAGAGAUCUCGGUCGGAGACUAUGAGGGACGAGGAGUGGGGGAGGAGGAGCCCCGGGGGCUCGGGGUGGAAUCGAGUUCGUAGUAGUAUCCACGCGCGUAACCGGGGAAACGAGAGAGAUCCGAGAGAGCUUAGGCGACGAACGACGAUCCGACGACGAUGAUGGACGACAGCGAGAGGGAGAGAGAGAGAGAGAGGUAAGAAGAGAGGAAUGAACGGAGUAGCGCGCGUCCGAUGUAGCGAGGCGCGGACGAUCGAACGGGGGAUGAGACGACGGCACGAAACUAUCGGCGAAACUACGCCGACGGUUUUAAUUGCGGUAAUUAUAGUUCCUACGAGUCACUCCGAGGUCCGAUGCUCUUCCCCCGUUCAAGCGCGUGCGCGCUAACGGAGCGGCGAGAAUUCGAAAGAUUCGAAAGUUCAAAUUCGAAGGUACCAAAGUAAAAAAAAA